AUGAGGCAGACAGUGGAUGGUUUUCAAAACUUCGGUGUUCAAAACGUUGCUGGUGAGAACUUUUUCGAUGUGGAGUACGCAGACGAAAUCAUCCCUUUCAGUGGAGACGAAGGCGAAGCAAAUAUUCCACAGCAAUUCAACCUCAAUCAAUUGGGUGAGGCACAACGUGAUUGGUCGAUUCUAUGGUUCCGCGUAGAGGAUAUAUAA